AUCUUUCAUUGCAAUAUUUCCAAGAAAGGAAGGGGGCUGGCUCGGAGGAAGAGAGGUGGGGAGGUGGUCAGGGUUCACAGAGGAGGGAAGUGAAUGACAUCCCAGGAUUACAUAAACUCUUAGAAGCGGCCGAACAGUUCACAAGUGUGAAGCCUGGAAGCCAGCGGGUGCCGCUGUGUAGGAAAGAAGCUAAAGCACUUCCAGAGCCUGUCCGGAGCUCAGAGGUUCGGAGGACUCAUCGACCAUGGAGCGCGCGUCCUGCUUGUUGCUGCUGCUGCUGCCGCUGGUGCACGUCUCUGCGACCACGCCAGAACCUUGUGAGCUGGACGAUGAAGAUUUCCGCUGCGUCUGUAACUUCUCCGAACCUCAGCCCGACUGGUCCGAAGCCUUCCAGUGUGUGUCUGCAGUAGAGGUGGAGAUCCGUGCCGGCGGUCUCAACCUAGAGCCGUUUCUAAAGCGCGUCGAUGCGGACGCCGACCCGCGGCAGUAUGCUGACACGGUCAAGGCUCUCCGCGUGCGGCGGCUCACAGUGGGAGCCGCACAGGUUCCUGCUCAGCUACUGGUAGGCGCCCUGCGUGUGCUAGCGUACUCCCGCCUCAAGGAAUUGACGCUCGAGGACCUAAAGAUAACCGGCACCAUGCCUCCGCUGCCUCUGGAAGCCACAGGACUUGCACUCUCCAGCUUGCGCCUACGCAACGUGUCCUGGGCGACAGGGCGUUCCUGGCUCGCCGAGCUGCAGCAGUGGCUCAAGCCAGGCCUCAAGGUACUGAGCAUUGCCCAAGCACACCCGCCUGCCUUUUCCUGCGAACAGGUUCGCGCCUUCCCGGCCCUUACCAGCCUAGACCUGUCUGACAAUCCUGGACUGGGCGAACGCGGACUGAUCGCGGCUCUCUGUCCCCACAAGUUCCCGGCCCUCCAGAAUCUAGCGCUGCGCAACACAGGAAUGGAGACGCCCACAGGCGUGUGCGCAGCACUGGCGGCGGCAGGUGUGCAGCCCCACAGCCUAGACCUCAGCCACAACUCGCUGCGCGCCACCGUAAACCCUAGCGCUCCGAGAUGCAUGUGGUUCAGCGCCCUGAACUCCCUCAAUCUGUCGUUCGCUGGGCUGGAACAGGUGCCUAAAGGACUGCCAGCCAAGCUCAGAGUGCUCGAUCUCAGCUGCAACAGACUGAACAGGGCGCCGCAGCCUGACGAGCUGCCCGAGGUGGAUAACCUGACACUGGACGGGAAUCCUUUCCUGGUCUCUGGAACUGCCCUCCCCCAAGAGGGCUCAAUGAACUCCGGCGUGGUCCCAGCCUGUGCACGUUCGACCCUGUCGGUGGGGGUGUCGGGAACCCUGGUGCUGCUCCAAGGGGCCCGGGGCUUUGCCUAAGAUCCAAGAGAGAACAAUGAAUGGACUCAAACUGCCUUGGCUUCAGGGGAGUCCCGUCAGGACGUUGAGGACUUUUCGACCAAUUCAACCCUUUGCCCCACCUUUAUUAAAAUCUUAAACAACG